AACAGAUUCCGGAGCAGAAGUCACGGUUAAACCAUGGACCCUCGGUAGUUUUCACAUGUGUCGCUGCCUCCUGCUUCAUCUGGACCGUGCUGGAGACGCUGAAGCGGCAGGACGAAACUUUACGGGCAACUUGUUCCUCCCGGGGAGAGUUCCCGUGGCCACAGCUACAUCCGGUCAUGGAGGACUCGGCCCUGGAGAAGAACGCUGCUGACCUCACGGUCAUGGACGUGUACGACAUGGCGGCGGUGGUCGGCCAGGAGUUCGAGCGGAUAAUAGACCAGUACGGCUGCGAGGCUCUGUCCAGGCUCAUGCCCAAGGUGGUGCGGGUUCUGGAGAUCCUGGAGGUGAUGGUGAGCCGCAGCAGCCUGAGUCCGGACACCGAGGAGCUGCGGCUGGAGCUGGACCGGCUGAGGCUGGAGAGGACCGAGCGGCUGGAGAAGGAGCGGAGGCACAGACAGGAGCUGGAGCGGGUGGAGGACGUGUGGCGAGGAGAAGCUCAGGAUUUGCUCUGUCAGAUCGCUCAGCUGCAGGAGGAGAACAGAACCCUCCUGUCCAACAUGUCCACGAAAGACCCGAUGAACGAGGACGAGCUGCAGAGACACGAGGGUAUGACCGAGAGGGAGAAGCAGGUGAUGAUGAAGUUGAAGGAGGUGGUGGAUAAGCAGAGAGACGAGAUCCGGGCCAAGGACCGUGAGGUCACGCUGAAGAACGAGGACAUAGAAGCACUCCAACAGCAGCAGUCCCGCCUCAUGAAGAUCAACCACGACCUACGUCAUAAGAUUUCUGUGGUGGAGGCUCAGGGCAAAGCGCUAAUUGGACAGAAGGUGGAGCUGGAGGCCAGCGCUCAGGCACAAGUGCAGGAAGUUGGCGCCUUGCAGCGGGAAGUGGCGCGUUUACGGGAGCAGUUUGAAGGAGAGGCUCCCUCACAGACCUUUGAGGACACCCCCCCUCAGCCCCCGUCGCCUGCUGAGGAAGCGUUUUGUGAGGAGGAGUCGGGCACGUUGGACCCCAAAGACCCUAACAGGCCCCGAUUCACCCUGCAGGAGCUGAGGGAUGUCCUCCACGAGAGGAAUGAGCUGAAGGCCAAAGUUUUUUUACUUCAGGAGGAGCUGGCUUACUACAAGAGUGAUGAAGCCGAGGAUGAAGCUCUGUCUCCGUCUCCCUCCCCUGAACUGAAGACUCACUCCAGAUCUUCUGCUCAUCCAGAGUCAGGAAUCAAACGCCUGUUUAGCUUCUUCUCUCGUGACAAGCAGCGCGGCGUGCAGUUUGACGCCGGCUUCAACCCCGGGACACGGAAAGACGAGACGUACACGGAGCAAGCCCAGGAGGCCCUGCAGCACAUGUAAAGCGCUCCACGGGAAUCGGACACUCGCACUCCGGCUGUAGCAGUUUGCUUCAAGGUGAGAGACGGGCUGAAGGUCGACGGCUGAAAAGACCGAACUUCAGCUUGGAUCUGCUUUUCAGGAUGAAACUCCUGCUGAAGGCUAUAAAUGUUGCAGAUGUGGACAAUGCAUGGCCUGAGGGCCAAAAGUGGACCUUGGACAAGCCCCGUCCGGCCUCCACUGUCCUACCUGAAACAAAACAACUUUAAAAUUAGGAGAGCCGACAUUUAUCAAUACAUUCAACAAAUACAUCAAAAAACCUUUAGAUUAAGAUCGGCUCAAACUUUUUAAAGUCUUCAUGUUUCCAGAACCUCAAAGACUCCAACAAACACAUUUUUUAAAUUUUGUACGUUUAGGCGAAAAUUUUUAGUCAUA